AGAAAAUUUAAUAUUAAUACCAGAUAGCCAUUAGAUUUUAAAGAUGAAAUACUUGAUUGUAUCCGUAUGCUUCUUUGUUGCUGUUGCAGAACUCGCCUCCGGAACUGGAUCAGGUGCUAAAGAAUUAUGGCAAAAGCAAAUGCAAACGUUGGACGAAUUAAUCGCGAAUAACAAAAUUGAAGCACGGGAUUCACCGAACACUAGAAAAAUUGGUUUACCGUUUUUUGACAUUGCUUUUGAAGAUGAAAUUCCGGUCGAUAAAACAGUCCACACACUUCGGCCACAGGACAUCGACAUAGUUGGAGCGAUGGGCGAUUCGAUUACGGCAGCCAACGGUGCAGGGGCCGACACCGUCGCAGGAUUGGCGAUUGAAUGGGUCGGGAUAUGUUACAGCAUUGGAGGGGACGACUCACUGGAGCAGUCGAUCACUUUGCCAAAUAUAUUGAAAAAAUUCAAUCCAAGACUCGACGGCUAUUCUGUAGGCAACGGACCUCUGGUAAGAAAGUAUCCGUAUGGAUUCAACGUCGCUAUUCCUGGAGCAAGAGCGGACGACAUGUUGGGCCAAGCAGAAGUUCUGAUAGAUCUACUCAAGACAGAUAACAGAUCAAAUUACCACGAUGACUGGAAAAUGAUCACUUUAUUCAUCGGUGGGAAUGACCUCUGUGCAAUUGGACGUGACCCGGAAGGGACGACCCCGGAAGUUUACGUUGCGGAGAUCAAGAAAGCGUUGGACCUGCUGCAUUCAGAGGUACCUCGCAUGUUUGUGAACCUCGUCGACAUAUUAGACAUCUACCUGCUACCGUACGUUGGAUAUGGCUAUGGGAGCACACCUCAAUGCCGGGCGUUGCAAAGUAGUUUCUGUGGUUAUGUCGUCGAUACCAUGAACGAUACCGUACAAAAGGAUUAUUUGAGGGGUAUUAACAGACAAUAUCAAAUGCAACUUCAAGCACUGAUCGAUUCUGGUAUCUACGACACGAGAGAUGACUUCACUGUUAUUGUUCAGCCUUUCCUGAGAGACGCCGUUCUACCUUAUACGGAGUACGGUGAAGUUGACGCGACGUACUUCGCGCCAGACUGCUUUCAUUUCAGCGACAUCGGACAUGCUAUGAGUGCCAUCAACCUAUGGAAUAAUAUGCUUGAACCCGUAGGUCAGAAAACUACAGUUUGGAGCAUCACUGAUUUGAAAGUUCCUACAAAGGAACACCCGUAUAUCUUUACAUAUAAAAACAGCGGACCGACAAUACCGACAACUACUAAAGCGCCCGAAGUAAACGCAACCUCUGUGCCGGUGUGGGUCAUCGUACUUGCUGCAAUAUUGCUGGUAGUCUUAGCAGGCGAAGCAUUCAUGCUGGUCUACCUCUUGAGAAAGAAGUCUUCGAAAGGAGAAAAAAGUCAGACUAUGUCCGAAAAGGGAGGACAUGUCAACGAAGGAGCAUACGUUGAAAAAAUGUAAACUUACAAAACUCUGACCGGGUACUGAUAGA